AUGGAGCUGAUUUCUUCGGCGGAAGGCCGCUUCGUAACAGAUGGCGUGGCGCAAAAUCUGCGCGCGGAUGGGCGCGCGCGGGAAGUCUUCCGCCCGUUCAGCCUAGACACUGGAGUUAUCCCGCAGGCAACCGGGUCGGCGAGGCUGCGACUGGGCGCCACGCACAUACUGGCUUGUGUGAAGGCGGAGAUAGGGUCACCGCCAGCAGGGCGGCCGUGGGGUGGGCGCAUAGAGGUGUCCGUGGACUGCUCGCCCACUGCCACGCCUGCCUUCCGGGGCAGAGGAGGCGAGGAGCUGUCGCAGGAGCUGACACGGGUGCUUGAGAGGUCGUUUUUAGGAGGCGCAGAUGGCUCAGGCGCGGCGGUGGAGCUGGGGCAGCUGAUGCUGGUGGAGCGCAAGAGCUGCUGGGUGCUGUACCUGGACGCACUAGUGCUCAACAUGGACGGCAACCUCGUUGACGCCCUCUCCAUCGCCUUCAAGGCGGCAUUGAGCAACAGUGUGCUGCCCAAGGUGGAGGUGGUGAUGGGGGAGGGUGAGGACGGGGAGCCGGAGCUAGAGGUGGUGGAUGACCCAGAUGAGGGAGUGCCUCUUGACACCUCCUCCACGCCCAUCAUUGUCACUCUCAAUAGACUGGGGAAGCAUGUGAUAGUGGAUGCCACGCCAGAGGAGGAGGCAGUGGCAGAGGCAUCACUAUGUGUAGCAGUGAGGCCAGAUGGCAGGAUUGUGAGUGCCACCAAGGGGGGCAAUGCGGGGGUGCACCCCUCAGUGCUCUCUGAGAUGCUUGACACGUCCAACCGCGUAGCCAUGUCGUUACACCGCCAGGUCGAUGCUGCCAUGGCUGCUGCAGCCGGGUCGAGAAAAAACUGA